GGAUUUUGGGAGACUGGGGGGUCCAGAGAGGAAGGAAAAGGGAAGCAGGUCCCUAUAAAUAAGGUGGUGGAAAGGCCCUAGAGGGAGGUUAACUCCUUCAUCUCUCAGAGGCAGAGCAUCCUUCCCACAGCAACCUGGCCCAGGUGCUUCAGGAAAGGGACCCCCGAGUGAUGCUUUAACCCUGGGAACUUCAAAGCUUCCAAGGAGCUCCAGAGACUACCAAAGUCCUGCAGGGCAGAAGAUGGAGGCCACCUUCCUUCUGGGGCUCACCUGCCUCUGCUCCCCUUUGACUGCUCUGGUUCUCGACUUCAAUACCAUCAGGGGCUCGGCUGAAGUGUCCGGCUCCAGGAAGGGCACCCAAUGCUCGACAGACAAAGAUUGCCAGGUGGGGAAAUAUUGUUACAAGCCCCAAGAGGAGCAGCUGCCGUUCUGUGCUCCCUGCCAGGGUUUACGGAGGAGGUGCCAGGGAAAUGGGAUGUGUUGCCCGGGGACCAUCUGUAUCAAUGAUGCAAGAGAGACCCCUGAGCCCUCUUUGCCUCUUCUCACAGCUGGCAUGGGGGAGCGCUGCCUCCGGACCUCCGACUGCAGCCAAGGGCACUGCUGCGCCCGCCACUUCUGGGCCAAGAUCUGCAAACCUGUUCUCCCCGAAGGCGCCGUGUGUUCUGGGCGAGGGCAGAAGGAUGGCGGGGUACCGAGCCCCGAAAUCUUCCAGCGUUGCGGUUGCGCACCCGGCCUGGUUUGUCAGCGGCCCAUCUGGGGCGCCCCACAGAGAGCUCGCCUGCGGGUCUGCCGCAGCAACUGA